CACUAGGCUCCACCCUUUGUGGAGAUUAUAAAUUGAUGAGUAGCUGCUCUCUUGAGCAGAGAGGAAAGGUGGUAUAUUUCGGUCCUCACUGAGAACCUGGAGAAAACUUGCUGCGGAGAACAUUUUGAAGAUUUUAGCCACAAGAAGAGGUGCCGCACUCUGGAAUCCAUCACUGAGAUCUUUCUUGGGAGAUCAAGCAGAAUUAAAUUAGGGCAAUGGGGUCAGUAAAGAUGACUGCCCACCUGGUCUUCUCAAUCAGCAUUGCUGCUAUUGGCUCGUUCCAGUUUGGCUACAACACUGGAGUCAUCAAUGCUCCCGAAAUGAUCAUAAGGAACUUUCUGAAUUACACUUUGGAAGAGAGACUAGAAGAACCUCCCAGGGAGCUGUUACUUACAACCCUCUGGUCUGUGGCUGUGGCCAUUUUCUCAGUUGGUGGUAUGAUUGGCUCCUUUUCCGUUGGACUCUUUGUCAACCGCUUUGGCAGGCGCAAUUCGAUGCUUAUUGUCAACAUAUUGGCAAUUGCUGGUGGUUGCCUUCUGGGUUUCUGCAAGUUAGCAGAGUCUGUUGAAAUGCUGAUCCUGGGUCGCUUGAUUAUUGGCCUUUUCUGUGGACUGUGCACAGGUUUUGUGCCGAUGUAUAUUGGAGAGGUGUCGCCUACUCACCUACGGGGGGCCUUUGGCACUCUUCACCAGCUGGCCAUCGUCAUUGGGAUUCUGGUGGCCCAGAUCUUUGGUCUGAAAUACAUCAUGGGGACUGAAGAACUCUGGCCCUUGUUGUUGGCCUUCACCAUCAUUCCAGCUGUGAUACAGUGCGCAGCCCUUCCGUUUUGUCCUGAAAGUCCUCGAUUCUUGCUCAUUAACAGAAAGGAGGAGGAGAAUGCUAAGCAGAUCCUCUACCGAUUGUGGGGCACCCAGGAUGUAUCCCAAGAAAUCCAGGAAAUGAAAGACGAGAGUGCUCGGAUGGCACAGGAAAAGCAAGCCACUGUCCUGGAGCUGUUCAGAUCCCGCAGCUAUCGGCAGCCUAUCAUAAUCUCCAUCAUGCUUCAGCUCUCCCAGCAGCUCUCUGGAAUCAAUGCUGUAUUCUAUUACUCAACAGGAAUCUUUAAAGAUGCAGGUGUAAAGGAACCAAUCUAUGCGACCAUUGGUGCUGGUGUGGUUAAUACUGUUUUCACUAUAGUUUCUCUGUUUCUGGUGGAAAGGGCUGGAAGGAGGACUCUGCAUAUGGCAGGCCUUGGAGGGAUGGCUAUUUGCUCUGUCCUCAUGACUGUUUCCUUGUUGUUGAAGAAUCAACAUAAUUGGAUGAGCUAUGUGUGCAUUGCAGCUAUCUUGAUCUUUGUGGCCUUCUUUGAAAUUGGUCCAGGCCCCAUUCCCUGGUUCAUCGUGGCCGAACUCUUUAGCCAGGGACCCCGCCCUGCUGCCAUGGCCUUGUCUGGCUGUUCUAACUGGACCUCUAAUUUUUUGGUUGGACUGCUCUUCCCCUCAGCUGCAUACUACUUAGGAGCCUACGUUUUUAUUAUCUUCACCGCCUUCCUUGUUAUCUUCUUGAUCUUCACCUUCUUCAAAGUUCCUGAGACCCGUGGCAGGACUUUUGAGGAAAUAACACGAGGCUUUGAAGGGCAGGUGCAGGAUGCUGAGAAAGGCCCCAUGGAGAUGAACAGCGUCCAGCCUGUGAAAGAGAGCACCACCAACGUCUAAGCCAUUCCUCCCCACCUCCCUCCCAAUAUGAGAAAGCCACCUCUCCACAGGAAGGGAGAGCCAUCAUCAGGUUGUAACCCAGGACUGUUUAUGAAUGCUGCUACUUGAUUCCUUUGUCAUCCCACACACUCCAUGAGCACUUCAGAUGUUUAUGGUGUUCAAUACUGGGGUUAGUUGUAUCUCCAAUGGCUUUUUAAACAAUUUAUUUCUUGGACAUUCUCUUCUAAGGAGAGACCAAAUGAACCUACCUUCAUUCAGGAGAAACUGGUUGCUUGGCAAAUGGCGACUUUGCAAGCUCUUCCUGUCUUUGAUUUUGCUGUUGCUCUCAAUAGGGGAGUGAGGGUGCAUGCAGUUCCCUGACCUCAGAAAGCAUAUACUGUAUGGAAGGCAGCAAGGGAUGGUGGUAAGAGCUCCUUCCUGACUUCCAUACAGCUCUGCAGAGCAAAUUAACUUGUAUUUAUUUUCUGGUUUUAUUGCAUAAAUAUUUAUUUUUUUAAAUAUAAAGUAAUUUUACCAAAUAAUGAAAUCAUAAGGAAAUUGAGGUUGGAGGGAGGUGUUUAAAGAAGUUAGAGGGUAGAAGACUGAGAUCAGAGAGGUGAUGGUACAGAAUUUAGAGGGAAUAUGACCUUACUGGAAAAGGCUUCACAGUGUGCUGUGCGAGGUCAGCAUGCUGCUGACCUCUUCACAAUCUCUGUCCUUCAGAUGGAAAGUCUUGUUUCAUUUCUCAGAGAAGUCAUGUGCCUGUGUAAAGAAGCUACUGAUUUCCUUUGGAACUUUUCUCUUUAAGACUAUAUUUAGUUUAUACUUGAAAUCUAGAAUUAUUACUAAACUGGGUAUCUAUAGUUAGUGGUGGUGGAUGGGUUCUCACAUUGAAUGGUGUCCAGUGAAGGGAAGGUUGUAUCUCUAGAAAUUCCUUCUCUCCCCCCUCACUGUACCAGACAAUUUCUUUACCCUUGUAAGUGGGCUCACUUUUUAAAAAAUAUUAUUAUUUUAAAGGCCUGCCACCCAUCUAGUGAUUCUUGGUAAAGGCUCAGAAUUUCUCCAUUUUGUUCUUUAGGGGGUUUUAUAUUUUGUUUUAACCUGUAGCAUUACAAGAAUUCAGAGGAGCGUGUUCCUAGCUAUCCUGAACUUGUAACCUCAGCUCUGGGAGGAGAUUUUUUCCUGAACAUUUAUGAUUCAGUUUUACAUAUGUUGACUGCAUGCCUGUUGGUGUCUGUUACUAUGUCUAGUCACCCUAGUUACCAUGUAACCGUAGUACUGUGUCAAGUGCCCUUAGAGGAUCUGAAUCUUUCCUACAGACCACAUGUGAGACUGAGUAAAUGUGCAGAGUAGUCCACACUUAAGGGUGAACGGUUGAGCACUGUCACUUUGCUCUGGGUGACUUGCUUCUUUUGUGCCCCCACAGCCCCCUUUUGGAUAGUGUGUUCAAACUUAUUCCUGUGUGCGUAAAUAACACUGCCUCUAAUGGGUGGAGUUUGCGUGGAUGGCUUUCUUCAAAACUUAAGGGUCCAGUUUCUUCUUUUGUUGGCACACUCGGGAGAUGGAAGUAGGAGAGAGUAAAAGAUCAAGACAUGAACCUUUCUGGGGGUGUCAGCCGAGGGAGACAUUCUCUUUAAGGGAGAUAAGAGAUAACUAGAGAAUUCCAAGACUGAAGCCAUUCAGAGAGGUAGGUGGGAUGGAGAGAUUCGUGCUCACCACAGUCCCCAGGAACCAGGAUUUCCUUCCCUGGACUUGGGACCCUGAAGAUACGUAACCCUCAUCUUGCUUUCUCUUUCGUUGCUCAAUCUCCCUUUCCCCACUUGGUGCUUACACGUCUCAGACCCUUAAGCUAAGCCCUUGAGUGUGACAGUGCUCGAGUCCUCACUUGUUCCCAUUCUCAUUCCCAUUCUCUGGUCCAUUGACAAGCCUCAUAGCUUGGCACAGGGCCUUGUCUGGAACAUGUGACUUUACUCCAACUGCACCUCUAUCUCUGGCUCCUCAAAAUCGGAGAAUGGCAAUGAUGCAGUGUGGAAGCUUUUCAUUUGUAAUCCUUUCUCAGUGACCAGAUUGUGAAUAUUUCCAAAUGGAUUUUCUAUUAAUGUUACUGUGGUUCUUGGUUUUGAAAUAAAACUUCUGAAUGUAUAUAUGA